UUAACUGCAGAAUUUUUAUUUGGUCUGCACAGUUCUGGGCGAGGAGGUUCCAGUGACCAAACUCUUGGAUAUGAGUAUUUCUAAAUGAAUACAACAAAGUAUCAGAAAAAAAUUAAUCUAGUUAUUGGGAAGAACUUGGAACGGUUCUCAACUACAACAAAAUAUUUAAUCCUGCCUGAACUCCUUGAUUAGCGAUUAAUUUGAAGCUUUACUUACAACAGUCAUGUCAAACUGCAGUCACAGCUUUCCGAGGUCUGAAGAUCAAAUCAAAGGUUUCACAGCUGGUGAUGUUGUUGUCACAGUAAUGCUUAAUAUAGUAGCAAUUGUCAUUUAUGCCAUCUUCAUUGAGCUAUGGAUCUAUUUGAACAAAAACAUUGUAAAUGAUGCAAUUAAAGAGAAGACCCUCCUAGUCCUUGGCUUAUUUCCAGUAACUACAAUUGCCUAUCAGCUGGGCAUAUUUGUUCCACGAGCUGGAACUUUGAUCGACUUUGUGGCAGCAGUCUAUACAAGUAUAUCUUUGUUUGGUUUCUUUCACCUUGCUAUAACUUACCUUGGUGGAGUAACUGAAGCUAUUGAUAAGCUGCAGUAUGUGGAGGCAUCUCUAAAUGUGGGCCCUUGUUGUUGUUGUUGCAUAUGUCUUCCAAAGGUUAAGAUAACCAGAAAAACUUACAGAAUCCUUCGAUUUGGCAUCUUACAGACAUUAAUUCUGCAACCAGUGCUUCAGUUUAUUUCUGCUGUUUUGUGGGCUGAUGGGAAAUAUGACAAUGGAGAGGUCAAUUCAACCAACCCUAUAUUCUACAUUAAGAUCCUGCUCAAUAUAUCUGCAUUAAUGUCCCUGUAUGUAUUUAAUCUGUUGCUGAAGACUGCAUUUGGAAUUGUAGAAGCAGGCUAUCAUCUUGUGGCUAAAUAUGUAAUCAUUAUUGUCUACAUCAUCCUCUGCAAUUUACAACCACUAAUCCUUAGCUGGCUUGCAACCUACAACAUCAUUCCCUGUGUCAGUUUGUAUUCCUCAAAAGGCAGAGCUUCACAAAUAGAUCACCAUCUGAAAAUCCUGGAAAUGUUUAUACUUCUUCUUGUAUCCAGAAAGUACUAUCGGAAACGCAUGCCAGAAGCUUCACCACUGUACUUUGAAAACCCACUUCACAAUAUGCCUUGAUUUGAUGCCAAUGGAUAAAUUAUGUUUAACACUGACUACUGAGUCAUCGGUUCAAAAACUGCAAUUUGAUUUAAUAAUCUAUAAUUUAGUAAGAUCUGACAUUUUUUCAUUGUGUUUUCAACAAUAAUUACAAGAAAAGUUUAUGUCUUGAAGGUAAGAAGACUUUGUUUCCUUUAACAUAAUUGAAAUGUGAUUUUCAGACUGCUGCCUUUCCCACUUAACUUAAUUCCCAUAACUAGUAAACAAAAGACAAAUGUUCCUCCAAUGCUAAGCUCAACCUUGCAUUUUAUUUGAGUUUCUGUCCCGUCUGUUCUCAAGCAUUCUACAAAUCUAUCUCGUUCAUAAGUCUUACCCUUGGCUUCCUCAAUUUUAUUCCCACUGGACAACUGACCACCAACUUUAAUCAAUAUGUUUAAUAUUCUCUAUCAUAAGGUUCUGUUUUUCUCUCCUUAAAUCUAUUGUUGUCAUCACUCUACCAUUGCAACCUACUGUUAAAUCACUUUCACAUGUUGUGGCCUCCCAAAAUCAUGUCCCUUUUAUAGAGCUCUCUGAGUUCUUAGCCUGGGCACAACAAUGCAUUUUUAAAUUUUAUUAUGUUAAUUAAACCACUCCUACAAUUUGGGAUGUAGUACUCAAUUUUAACCUGACCUAAAAUACUCAUUCUCAUGGCAAAAAGAAAAGUUGGGACAAUGCCCGUGGCAUGUUGGUUUCAAAUUGGGCAUUCCCUGUCUGAAAUGUUCCAUUGAUAGCAUCAUGGGUAACGACCUCGGGUGUGGUGAGGAAAUCAGCUGGUGCUGGUGGUGCCAAAAUAUGGGCACAUACGAGGCCAGAAACAAGCUUGUAAUUUAAUUCUUUUACUGUCAUUGUACCGUCUUUCUAAAAAGUAACAUUCAGCUUAAAAGUACCACUAUUUCUCUGUCCCUUUAAUCACAAGAGAUUGCUAUCUAUUCCUGCAGAUCCAUGACAUGGUCAUAAUAACGAGUAUCGAGCGUAUAAAUUUUGUCUGUAUUUAUUAGACUGCUUUAUAUUUAUUAACCACAGGGCUGCUGAAUUGGAUGAUAGGAUUAGGCUACACACAAAUCACUUAAAAUUAAAUCAGGUUUGAUUUUUAUUUUCACUAUCAUCUGCAGCUUCAAUUUUUUCUUCACUGUCAAGAACUCAUUUGCAUUAGAAUUAGUAAGGGCAUGGUACAAGAACUAACUGAAGAGCAGAAUCAUGAUAACUUUCACUCCACUAGCCUGUGUUGCACGACUGGAGUAUUCUAUGUACCACUGUUAAACUGUGACACCAGCAUCUUGACUCAUUUUCCCAACAUUCUCUAAUAAAGCCUCUUCUGAGCACAUGGCAACUACAUAAGUGUGGUCAUUACCUGAUUCUUUUAUUUUGUCUCUGUUGUAAUUUGCAUUCAUCCCUGGGUGAAUGUUUUACUGUGUUGUAGGUGGUUGAUAUAAUAGAGAACCGUAUGGCUCCAUGAGAGGACAAUCAUCAGCUUCAUAGCCAUAGACAGACUGAUUUUAAGAAAGCCUACCACCCCUUUGGGAAGAUUACAACUUUCUAUUUCAUAACAUUAUUAAUAUUAAUAAAUAAAGUAUUUUGAAUUCAUAUAAUUGUAAUAUUAAUUGUAAUUAACAGGAACAGAAUUAGGCCAUUUAGCCCACUGACUCUGCUCCGCCAUUCAAUCAUGGCUGAUUUUUUUUUCUAUCUCCUCCUCAAACCCAGUUCCCGUUCUUCUCCCCAUAACCUUUGAUGCCAUGUCCAAUCAAGAACCUAUCAAUCUCUGCCUUAAAUACACCAAUGGCUUGGCCUCCCCAGCUGCAUGUGGCAACAAAUUCCCCAAAUUCACCACCCUUUGGCUAAAGAACUCUGUUCUCAGCGCAUCUCUGUUUUGAAAGGGCACCCCUCUAUCCUGAGGCUGUGCCCUCUUGUCCUAGACUUCCCCAUCGUUUCCCCAUCAUUUCCACAUCUACUCUGUCUAGGCCUUUCAAUUUGGUAUCCAAUGAAGGUAUUGUUAGGAUUAAACACUAAAGAUAUUUUGCAACUUUUGUGGAACUCUGCAGCAGUAGGUACAGUUGGGGUGGUACAGUAGCACAGUGGGUCGUGUAACAUUAUUACAGCUACUACAGUGCCAGUGACGCGGGUCCACUUCUACUGGUGUCUGUAAGGAGUUUGUCCAUUCUCACUGUGAUUGCCUGGCUUUCCUCUGAGUGCAACUAUUUUCUUCAGCAUUCCAAAGAUUUACAGGUUAGUAGGUUUAUUGAUCACAUGGGUGUAAUGGGGUGGACAGGGUUUGUCGGGCCAAAAGGCCCUGUUACCAUGCUGCAAGUCUCCAAAUCUAGCUUAAAGAAUUUCACUUUCAUAUUCACAUGUAAUUUUAAUCUUUGGCUGGAAUUAAGUGUCCAGUUUUAUGGAAUCUUAAAGACUGAAUUUUUUCCUAAAGUUGUAGGUAACUGUCUUGACUUUUGUAGCAGAACAAUAUAGGUUAUAAAUAGAGUAAUUGAUGAACAGAACUACAGCAAUUGCUUCAUAUUUUCUGACAGUCAUUUUAUGUUGUAAUGGUAUGGAGCUCAUAUCGAAAUUUAAUGUGUAAGUCACUGCCACCUGGACUCUAUUGACAUGUUAGUCAUUAAGUUACUUUGUUAUAGUUAACUAAGGAUUUUUCUUAUCCACAAUGUUUUAUUAAAACUGGAAGAUCAUAUUUGAUUAUUAUCUAUUCAAUAAUAACAAUAGAUAGUAGGUGCAGGAGUAGGCCAUUCAGCCCUUCUAGCCAGCACUGCCAUUCACUGUGAUCAUGGCUGAUCAUACACAAUCAGUAUCCCGUUCCUACCCUCUCCCCAUAUCCCUUGACCCCACUAUCUAUAAGAGUUCUAUCUAACUCUCUCUUGAAUGCAUCCAGAGACUUGGCCUCCACUGCCUUCUGGGGCAGAGCAUUCCGCAUAUCCACCACUCUCUGGGUGAAAAAGUUUUUCCGCAUCUCUGUUCUAAAUGGCCUACCUCUUAUUCUUAAACUGUGGCCUCUAGUUCUGGACUCACCCAUCAGCGGGAACAUGCUUCCUGCCUCCAGUGUGACCAAUCCCUUAAUAAUCUUAUAUGUUUCAAUCAGAUCCCCUCUCAUCCUUCUAAAUUCCAGUGUAUACAAGCCCAGUCGCUCCAAUCUUUCAACAUAUGAUAGUCCCGCCAUUCCGGGAAUUAACCUUGUGAACCUAUGCUGCAUUCUCUCAAUAGCAAGAAUGUCCUUCCUCAAAUUUGGAGACCAAAACUGAACACAAUACUCCAGGUGGGGUCUCACCAGGGCCCUGUACAGCUGCAGAAGGACCUCUUUACUCCUAUACUCAAUUCCUCUUGUUAUAAAAGCCAGCAUGCCGUUAGCUUUCUUCACUGCCUGCUGUACCUGCAUGCUUGCUUUCAUUGACUGAUGUACAAGAACACCAGUGUAUAGAUAUGAAAUGUUAUUGGAUGCAAAACUUUGUAUAAAACAGAGAUUAGGACAUACAAUGUUUAUCUCAGGUAAAUGUUAUAAACCGUUCUGAUCCCUUGUUGGAAGUUUUUUCAGAAUUUAGAGGAGUGAGUUCUAAUUGCAGACUGAAUACAGGACUAUAAUGACUCUUAGUUAAAUAACUCCUGCAAAUCCACCAUUGUUUCUUUUAUCUUAACAAUCUGCAACCUAAACUCUCAAGUUAUGUGCUGUCCUCCAACCCUGACCUCCUGAGCCUCUGAUUUUAAUAGUUCCACCACAAGCAGCAGGCAGCAAUGUCCUUUGCAGUCAACACUAUAAACACUGGCAUUUCCUCUCUAUUUUUCCAUUAUAUUUCUUUCUUCCUUCAAGAUAAUACUUGAAAUAUACCUCUUUCUCUUCUGCUUCUUUUUGUUUUGCUUAAUAGAAAAUGUUAUUGAUGAAAUUUUGAUAUUUUAUAUCAAUUACAAGAAUAGCUAUUACAUUCCCAUGAAAUAUAAUGAGGUUUUCAUUGCAUUCAAGAUGUGGAUAUAAAUAGUUUUACCAAAAUCUCUCUAUUUUAUCAUUUAGUCCCAGACAGGGUUAACAAACACUGGGAAUGUUAGGAUCCUAUUUUGAACAUUUUGAGUUUAUUGAACAUUUUUGAACAUUUUGUGUUAAUCAGAAGUAGCAGUAAGUCUGCUGAUUUCAGAACAGUAAGUUCAUACAGUAGAUAUAGCACAGGAUUACAGCUGCAGAAAUUUGAAUAAAGUUAAGUAUAAAAAAAAUGGUGAUUGGUGAAAUACAUGAGCAUUGAUCAAUAGUGUUUACUCAGUUUUGACUACAUGCACCAAAGAUUCAAACGUUCAUUUUAUUAUCAAAGUUUAUAUGCAGAAUUCAACUCAGAUCUGUCUUCUCCAGAUACCCAUAAAAUACAUAAGUACAUAGUAGUUGAAAAAAAGACAUCAAUCCCCCCCAUACAAAAAGAAAAAACAAAAAUUUGUAAACCCCAGACCCUUCCAACCCCUCCCUCGCACAGAAGUUGACAGAUCUCCCACAUGGAGAGACAACAAGAACAUCAAACCCCCAACCCCAGCCCACCAGUUGUCAACCAGAAAGAAUGGGCGAGGACAUGUAAAGAAAAUACAGAACUGAAAGAGGCCAAUACGAACUACAGUCCAAUACAUAAAUCUCCAAACUUCAACAUCGGGAACCAGCAGCCCCUACAAGGGAAGCAACACUGUCCCUAAGAAUUAAACUUUGUUUUUGUUGCAAAAGGGGAAUGUUUUGUGUAAUAGCACACAGAUAUUAUGUUGUACUUUGAUAUCUCAGAAAGUGAUUGCAUUUUUUACUCAAACCAAUCGAAACCUUUUGUUUCAAACAUCUGUGUAGAAAAUGAUUCCCUGGGCCCUAUUCUCUUGCAUAAUAAAUGCUAUAAUGAUUUAAUAUCAUUCUAAAGUGUUCUUAGCUAAUUUUGUUUUACAAUUUGGUUGUAUCACUGGAGUUUCUUUUUAUAAAUAAUUUAAACAUUUACUGCUUUUCUUAAUGAUUGAAACAAUGUACCAUAAUGAAGAUCAAUAGCGCUCGUUAAUUGAUAUGGAAUUUUUCAUAUGCUGUUAACUUUUCUUUAACAUAUCAUGCAUUUGAACUGAAUGUAUGUUAACUAGCACAUAAUGGCAAAUUCACAUUCCUUGUUAACAAUUGGUCAAUGAUUUAUGCAAUGCCAAGACAUCUAGAAUAUUAGAAAACACUGCAUUAGGCUGUCAAUAUAUUUUCUGAUGAAGCCAUUCCUUUCUUUAUAUAUUGUAACAUGAUAAAAGCAACCAUCGUCACAUCUAUACAAGAACAUGUGAAAUAGGAGUAGGAAAUAAAGAUUAAGAUGAAAGAUUAGCUUUACUUGUCACAAAGAUUGUGCUGGGAACAGCCCACAAGUGUUACCACGCUUCUGGUGCCAAUGUAGCAUGCCCACAACUUCUUAAUCAUAUAUGCAUGGAACGUGGGAUGAAGCCAGGACACGCAGAGGAAACCCACAUGGUCACGGGGAGAACUUACAGACAGUGGUGGGGAUCGAACCCAGAUUGAUAAUCACCGGUGCUGUAAAAUGAUUGCACUAACCAACUUGACUGCCAUGUCAGUCAUCUGGCCCGUUUAGCCUGCUCUGCAUUUCAAUAAGAUCAUGGCUGAUCUGGCCAUAGUCUCAGCUCCACCUCAUAACCCUUAAUUUUCCCAGCUAUGCAAGCAUCUAUCUUGCUGUGUCUUAAUAUAUUUCUUGUUGCAGCCUCUACUGCUUCCCUGGGCAUAGAAUCCACAGAAAAGCAGUUGUUCCUCAUCUACGUCUUGAAUCUAUACACCCUCCACCCCAGAUCUUGAGGCUAUGUCCUCUAGUUCUUGUCUUACUUACUAGUAGAACCAACUUUCCUGACUCUAUCUCACCUAACCCUUUCAUAAUUUUAUAUAGUCCCAGGCAACUCAAUUUUUGCUCAUACAUACAUUAACCCCUUCCCAUCUCUGGAAUCAAUCUGGUGUACAUCCUCUGCACCAUCUCCAAAACUUCUAUGCUUUUGCUCAAAUAAGGAGACCAAAAGUGCAUGGAGUACUUGAGGUACGUUUGCAGUAUAACCUCACAGCUCUUAAAUUCAAUCUCUCUAGCAAUGAAGUCCAACAUUCCAUUUGCCUUCUUGAUAAUCUGUUGUACCUGCCAACCAACCUGUUGCGAUUCAUCUAUAAGCACCCUCAAGUUCCUCUGCACAAUAGCCUGCUGCAAUCUUUUAUCGCUUAAAUAGUAAUCUGAUCUAUUUUUCCUUCUGAAGUGGCUGACCUCAUAGUUACCUGUACUCCAUCUGCCAGACAUUUGCCCUGUCACUUAAUCUAUCUAUAUGUCUCUGCAAACUCUCCACAUCCUCUGUAAAAUUUGAUUUGAUACUCAAUUUAGUGUGAUCAGUGAACUUAGAUACGGUCCCUCUUUCAAAUCAUUAAUGUAUACCGUGACCUGAACAGUUUUGGGCCUAGCAUUGACACCUGCGGCACUCUGCUCACCACUGACUGCCAGCCAGUUAGAAUUAAAUUGUACAACGUGCGUCAGGAUUGUUAAAGGUAUUUACAGUACUUCAGUUUAAGCUGGAAGUAUAUUUCUGCUUUCGCAAGGAUUUAAAAGAUGCAUGGAAAUUUUCUAUUAUCUCACCACAAUAAUACAUAUUAACAACUCCCCUUCACACAAUUUAUAAUGUUUCAGGUUUAUGAAGUUAGCAUAUUAAAUGUUGAUUGGAGGUCAUGUGUUUCAGGGAUUAAUUUGAAAAUCAAUUAUCUUACAUCCAAAGAUGAGCCACCUGAUAUUGUGUGAGGGCAAUUUUUCAGCCAUAUUCCAGUGACACUUGAAAAAUGAGUUAUGCUUCUCACCCAUUUAAAUAAGGGUCUAAGUUCCCAUUUAACACAACAUUUGAAAAAUGUAAUAUUAUAGAAAAGAGACAAUGUUAGGGUACCUCUAUCAUCUAUAAUUUUAGUAGACACCAAAAACAGAAUGAUUAAAUAAAGAUAUUAUUGUAACAUUCAUAUCACCACACACAAUCAUAUCACAAGUUCCCAGGAAUCUCUUUAUACUCCUUACUGGAUUAUGAUACCACCAUUGUUACCAGUAACUGGCUAUUGAAUCAAAGAUCACUGCUCUCAUUUUAUUAAUAAUCCCUGCAUUGGCUCCAACCUCAAAGAACCCCAAAGUUAUAACCCUCACUGCCACUUCCAUUCCAUGAUCUAUUACUAGACUGAUUAUUUCAACCUGUUCUUCCCCCACGGAAAUUAUGUCCCAUAGAAGGUUCCAUUCUUUGAAGUAACUGGUGCAUCAACGUGUUCUUUUUGUUCUCUUCACUUUCCCUUUUCAGUAAUUUACAAUAAACUCAUCUUCUUGGUUUUUUUUUAGUUUUCAUGAUCUGUUUUUGACAUUAAUGCUGUCUGACCUAUUGAACAUUUCUGUUUUUGCUUGGCUGCAGAUAUUUCCACCAAGGUAAACAAUCUUUUAUGCAGUUUCCUCAAAUAGGCAAGAUACUUGCAGGAUCCAACAAGUGGUAAUAAAUCACCAAAUUACCCAAGGACCUGGGCAAUUUUAGUCUAAAGCAACAGAGACAAAAUGCUGCAGGAACUUAGCAUGUCAGGCAGCAUCUAUGGAAAUGAAUAA